ACGCUUACUCAAACAUAAAAAAUAUUGUUGUUGGAAUUUGCUAUACUCAGCUGCCCGUUUAGGGCCCAAACUUCACUAUGUCGAGGUCUGCACGGAUGCCGCACAGGCAGCAGAACGGAAUGGUGGAAGUAAAAAGCAAGUUUGAUGCAGAGUUCCGAAGAUUUGCUAUCGACAACAGUCAGAAGUGUGAGUUUACUCAGUUUGAGGAAACGCUCGGUAAAAUACACAGCCUCGAGGACAUUCCCUUUGUUGUGACGUACACCGACCACAAUGGAGACCUGCUUCCUAUCAACAACAAUGACAACUUUUUCAGAGCUGUCACCAUGGCCAAACCGCUACUGCGGGUCAUGAUUCAGCGCAAAGGGGAGAGCUAUGGUGAAGCCAAUGGUUACGGAACACUAGGUGUGAAACGGCGUAAUCCGAUCAGCAAGCUGAUGAAUGCGGAGGCUCCUCCAAAGCCUCGCAUCAACAUCAGCAUGCCGGAGGAUUUCCGAAGAGUGUCGGCCAUUAUUGAUGUCGAUGUUGUCCCUGAAACUCACCGGCGUGUAAAGCUGAUGAAGAACGGCUCAGACAAGCCUCUGGGAUUUUACAUCCGUGAUGGCACAAGUGUGCGUGUGACACCCCAUGGACUAGAGAAAGUGCCUGGCAUUUUCAUUUCAAGACUUGUGCCUGGUGGCCUGGCAGAGAGUACUGGGCUGUUGGCUGUGAAUGAUGAGGUGUUGGAAGUGAAUGGUAUCGAGGUCGCAGGCAAAACCCUGGACCAAGUUACAGACAUGAUGGUGGCCAACAGCGCCAACCUCAUAAUCACAGUGAAGCCAGUCAACCAGCGUAUGACCCUCGCACCAAUGCGGGGGUCAUCGGCCCGCACCUCACAAAUGUCGACUGGUUCACAAAAGUCCCAGGGCUCAUAUCAUUCCUCCAAGUCGUUUGACAGUGACAUUCCUCUGAUCCAUGAACAGGAGGAUGAAGAUGACGAGGUUGAGGAUCACCUGACGCGCCACGGCGACCAUUUUGAACGAGGCAGUGAACACAACCUCAGUCAUCACAGCGACGCCAGUCUCGACACGGAAAGCAAGGACAGUGCCGUUGUCACCUUAUAGGGCGUCAUGUGUAUCAAUAUUAAUGCAUGUCAUAUAUAAGCGUACAAAUGUUUUAAGUGUAUUCAGCAAUGUAACAUUUCGAGAUGUGGUGUCAGGGCUAAAUCGUGGUUUAACUAGGUUUUAUUGCCCUCGUAGGCUAUUUUUUUUAAGUUGCUUGUGUGUAUCAGACCAAUUUUUAGUCCCAACUUCAGUGAAAGGAAUUCUUUGUGGAAUCAUUUUAAAAAUGAUGAUGAGUUUUAACCAAAAAUGUAAUGGAUGUGUUUAGACUGUCGUUGACUAGUUUGAAUUUGACACGUUUUUUUGAAGAACUGAUAUCACAUCAUUCCCUUUCCCAUUUGAUUAGGUAACUUACAUUGAUUAGUUAUACUGGGGGGGGGGGAUUCUGCACAAAAGAUGACUCAUUGACCCCUACAAUUUUAAACUGGUCUUUUCUAGGGUACAUUCGCGUAUCCGGUUGAAACAAUUGAACCUGUAAAGAAAACGACAGGUACAGAUCUGAACCCAGGCUGAACUCGGGAACAUUUGGUACGUGUAGAUUGAGGGGUCCAGACGUACCUGACAGAAACUAAAAUGCUGACUUUUGCCAGUU